AUGACAGAAGUAUUAAACAGAUGGUUAGAAAUUGAAGACAAAUUAUUAAAUAUUUUACAUAAAUAUGAAAUUACAAAUCAAUUUAUGCAUGACAAAUUAAGUAGUAGGAUAACAUUAUAUCUAAUUAUAAUUGGUUUAAUAGCUUUUCUGAAUGAACUGUAUAUUAGUAUAGAUAUGAUUUUCAUUCAAAAACAAACAUAUAAUGAAUUAAAUGAAGGUUCAAUCACCGAGGGAUUAAAGCUGCGUAAAGUUUUAAUCAAUGAUCCAACAUAUCAUAGCAAGGAAUAUAUGGAUCAGGUGAAUGGUAUAAUCAUUGAAGAAUUUGAAGAUUGGGAUAAAUUUUGUUCAAAACCCGUCCAUGUAUCACAAUUGUUCGUUGAAUGCAAUAUAAUUAAAGAUGGUAAAACGUUGCUAUUUAAGCCUAUCAAAUAUCAUAUUGAAUUUCUACCAGAAGAAUUUGAUGAUGAGAAAAGAACAGAGUUUGGUUGUUCUUUACACGUUUUGCGUGUUAAAUUGUAUCAUCUUUUCAAAGAUUCUGAUUGGUAUAAUGAAUUAGUCGAUUCUGAUGACAAAAAAUUCACCAUCAGUGAAAAUGUUAAGGUUUAUAAUACACAAAAUGAACUUUUACCGGUUGAAUAUGAUGAUAUCCAAUUAUGUUUCUUAAAAAUGGAAACAAAUAACACAAUUAAAUGUGAAUUUGUCUUAUAG